CGGGAUGGAGCCCGCUUCGCAGCCCGCUUCGGAGCCUGGCAUGGAACCCGCCUCGGAGCCCGCCGCAAAGCCCGCCUCGAAGGCCGCCUCGGAGCCCGCCUGGAGCCACUUCGAGGAGGUGCGCGUAUCGGGAUUCGGCGACUUCAGCGGGGCAGUGGAACAGCGCCGGGGCAAGACCAUCUUCGUCUACUUCACGGGCGACAAGGACGCCGAGGGCCGCAGCUGGUGCCCGGACUGCGAGGAGGCCGAGCCUGUGGUCCUGGAGGGCCGCAAACACAUCCCCGAGAACGCCGUGUUCAUCUACUGCCAAGUUGGGGACCGGCCCUACUGGAAAGAUCUCAACAAUGACUUCAGGAAGAAGCUGAAGUUAACCGCAGUGCCGACCCUGCUCAAGUAUGGGACGCCCCAGAAGCUGGUGGAGUCGGAGUGUCUGAAUGCCAGUCUGGUGGAGAUGUUGUUCUCCGAAGAUUAGAGAAGCCGGCGGCAGCCCGGAUGUCUGGAUUAUAAAGGAACCUCGUGAUCGAUUGUGUGAUAGUCACAGUAGCGAAAAUAAUGUUUAGAGAGCUAAUGAAUGUUCUGCAAAUCACCCUUUAUAAAUGGUGGAAGGGCUUCCUUCUAAUAGACGGUUCUCUUUAUUCCUGCCACAGUGGGAACCAGAGACCCCCUUCUCCGCUCUCCCCCCAGCCUGAGGAGAAGCGGGGCAAGAGACAUCUUCCACUAGUGCUGUAGGGGCUGGGGGUCCUUGGACCUCUCCCCUGGUGGGCCGAAGGCCCACCCAGAUCAUACAGACUCCGGCACCCAUUGAGCUUUUCUGCCAAAGAACUUUACUGGAAAUUAUAAUAAAGAAGCCGCCAGGUGGUUUGGACAAA